UGCUGGUGACUGCUGUGAUAAGUUAUUUGAUCAACCUGACCAACCACCGUUUGCGGGCAGCUUCUGUCGUGUUUUGGUGCCAUUUAUGAGACUCCAAACUGGAUUGUUUAUGUCGUUAGCAGCUGCCUGUUCACUAUCUUUAAGCUAACGUAACCUCUGCAAACGAAUUCAUUUUCUCUUGAGUUUUUAAGAGAACUUUGUCUAGUUUAUUGGGCGACUAUUAAUGCUUUGUCCUAUUUCGUAUGCACAGGAGAUGUACUGAAGGCUGCUGUUAUUUAUUUUUUUAAUGUGUUGUCAGUAGGCGUUUGCUGUGCUGUUUUAGUAAAGACUGCUCAGGUUUUGUAGAACUGUUUAUCUGUUAUUAGACUGGCCCCACAUAUGGUGUGAAGAAUGGCAGUCCGCCUGCUGCACCCUCUUGUGGCCGGUUUGUGGCUGUGCCUGUGCCUGGUGACCUGCAGCUUGACCCUGCCCGACCCGAGCCGCAGACAGGCUCUCAUCCAGAUGGAGGCCUCGCUGCAGACAGGUGGGAGGAUGACUGUGUCGGAGGCUGAGCAGCGGCUGGAUGCUCGGCUGCUCAGACUGAAGCAGGAUGAGCUACAGAGGGCAGACUUUCCUCCCGCAGUGCACUUCUUCAAAGCCAGGCGCCUCAUCAGGGCCAGUCCCAUCUUCCACCUGCUCCAGAAGAUGCCUAAAGGUGGAGCGCUGCAUGUUCAUGACUUUUCUAUGGUAGAUGUAGAGUGGUUAGUGAAGAAUGUGACCUAUCGACCCCACUGCUACAUGUGCUUAACUGACAGCCUGUCGCUCAGAUUCAUCUUCUCCUCUCUGUGGCCCAAACCUUUACCACAAUGUUCUCCGUGGAUCCUCCUAGAAAACCUCAGGGCCAAAAUGGUCAACACCACAGACCUGGACAACAGCAUCAGGGGUAAUAUGACGCUCUUCACUGACAAAGAACCAGAAGAACUGUACCCCAGCCAGGACGUGAUAUGGAAAAAACUUGAAGAAGGCUUUCUGGCUUUGUGGGGUCUUGUCACCUACGCUCCCGUGUUCAGAGAUUACUACUACCAAGGCCUCAGCCAGUUCUACACAGACAAUGUCAUGUAUUUGGAACUACGGGCUUUACUCCCACAGAUAUACGAGCUGGAUGGCAGCACUCAUGACAGAGGCUGGACCUUGAAGACCUACCAGGAAGUCACCAGACAGUUUGUAGUAGAUCACCCAGAUUUCUUUGGAGCAAGAAUUAUCUUCUCAGUGCACAGGGCAGCAAACGCGUCUGUGAUGAUGGAAGCUGUGGAGGAGGCCAUGAAGCUGCAGACGGACUUCCCAGAUAUCAUGGCUGGCUUUGACCUGGUGGGUCGAGAGGACGCUGGCAGACCCCUGUGGUACUUCAGAGAUGCACUAUCGCUGCCUGUGACAAAAGGGGUUGUGCUCCCUUUCUUUUUUCAUGCUGGAGAGACUGAUUUGCAGGGCACAGACGUAGACGAGAACCUGCUGGAUGCGCUUUUGUUCAACACGUCACGCAUCGGUCACGGCUUUGCUCUGCUUCGUCACCCGGUUGCUCGAGAUCUAUCCAAGAAGAGAGGCGUGGCCGUGGAAGUGUGUCCCAUCUCAAACCAGGUGAUGAAGCUGGUAAGUGAUCUACGAAACCAUCCUGCAGCUGUGCUCAUGUCUGAGAACCACCCAGUGGUGAUCAGUUCCGAUGACCCCGCUAUGUUUGGCUCCUUCGGUCUCUCUUACGACUUCUAUGAAGCCUUCGUGGGUUUCGGGGGGAUUCGAUCACAUAUAGGAUCUCUCAAAGAGCUGGCCAUAAACUCUAUAAGAUACAGUUCUCUGGCUCCAGAGCAGCAGCAGAAGGCUCUGGCUCAGUGGCAGACGAGAUGGGAGAAGUUUACCGCUGAAAACUCCUCUUAGAAUAUUAACUGGUUUGCACUGAAUGCAGACAGGAUCAAAAUACAACUUUUUCAUGCCUUUGUCACUCUUUCUUUAAGAAAGUAAAGCUUAUUAAAUGGAGUGGAAUUAAAAUACUAUUU